ACAUGACACAUGAGACAUGAGACAUGAGACAUGGUUUACAAGGUACCGAACCCAUUAGCAAAACCGAGUUUUCCAAUUAUAAAAGAGUGCAGAGUGCAGAGACGGCAAAGCUACGUUGAACUAAACUCCCUCAGGUCCAGGUGAGUUUGGCAUGCAGAUCCAACCCAAAACUCUAUUUAUAUCCAUUCAAAUUCAAGUUCAAGUGUUCAACCACGCCUUUCCCUGUUCACAACUUUGGCCACAUUCCACUCCGCACUGUCACAACACUUGAUUCUUGGCGUGCGUCAGUCAACUAACCUGGAACACCGUCAGGUACACAGUUACCGUGUUGUACGUGUCUUUCAAACGUCACCCAAUUCAACGUUACACACGUAUUAUUUAUUAUAACUACUGUUAUUAUUGCUACUAAAAUCACCACCCACCAUCAUACUACUAGCAUUGCAACAAGGUAGCUGAGGUUGUUAUUAAGAUUAUGGGGAAUUGCCAAGCUGCGGAAGCGGCUACGGUUGUGAUUCAGCACCCCGGGAACAAGAUCGAGAGGGUUUAUUGGUCGCUCAGCGCGCACCAGGUUAUGAACUCAAAUCCUGGUCACUACGUUGCUCUUGUCGUGUCCUCGCCCACGCUUAAGUCGUCCGACAAUGCCACGCCUAUGAAACAACUUAAGCUUCUCCGACCCGAUGAUACUUUGCUUAUUGGUCAGGUUUAUCGCUUGAUCAGUUUUGAAGAUGUGUUGAAGGAGUUUGCUUCCAAGAAAUGUGGUAAACUCGGGAAAUUGCUCAAGGAGACAGGUGGACAUGGGGUUCAGAUGAAACACAAAGACUCUAGAGCACCAAAUCCUAGCCCAUGUUCCAAAUCUGAAAUCGGUUCUAUUAAGGUGGAACAGGAGAUUCAACGAAUGGGGACCAAUGGUAGCAGCAAUAACAAAGGUGUUGGAAGGCAUUUAGUUGGUUCUGGUGGGCAAUGGAGGCCAGCCUUACAGAGCAUUGCAGAAAUUGGAACUUGAAUGCACCAUUAGAGCCCCCACUCCCGUAUGCAUGCAGUUCAACCCUUCCUUUCAUUUCACUCUUUUCGAUACAUUCACAUCACCCUCCUCUUUAAUCAGUGUCUACUAUUAUACGUAGGGUUUGUGUUAAACGUAGCUCUCUCUGUAGAAGGACAUGUAUACAUAUUGUUCGUACAAUUAGAGACAUUAGCCACUUGUUAUAGAACAUCAUGGUCGCUUGUUUAAUUUCUUGAACAUAAUCAAACCAUUUUCUAAAUCACUUAGAUUGGUAUGGUACUAUGGUAGUUUCUGUGUAGCUUUGCCUAAUUGAAAUUUUAGUAGUGGACUAGUGUAUGGAUUUCGAUAAUAAUGUUCCACUGCUUUUCAGCUUUGUCAAACUCACUGUCCAUGAAAUUUGUUGUGUUUGGAUAUUAGUGAGAA